UAGAUGUUGGAAGGAGCAAACUGGCCUGUCUACUCCGAUGCAACGAAAGAAAAUAGAAUCAAAUUUAUAUUUUAACUUAUAAAUUUUUAAAGAAGUUUAAAAUGAAAAAUGACUUAAAAGCACUAAAAAGACAGUAACAGUGCAGUUGCGUAGUUGCAUCGGAUAAAGGAGGAGAUAUGGUAGUUUGUACGGCGGCGUCGGCGGUGGUUCCUCCGCUGACAUCUCCCCUGAAUAAUAAUAGCAACCCAUCAUCACUCCCUAACAAUCUCACCUUCCAAUCCAGCUCAGAAGAUGAAAAUGGGGGAAAACAACAACUGGGGGGUGGCUCUUCUUUCAAGUGGCGCUUGCUUAUUGCUUAUGAUGGCACUCGCUUUUCGGGUUGGCAGUAUCAGAAGUCACCCCCAACGAUACAAUGCCUUAUCGAGCAAGCCUUAACCCAAGUUACAAAAUUAGAAAGGAAGGAUCUAUGUUUAGUCGGUGCAAGUAGGACUGAUGCGGGAGUUCAUGCUUGGGGUCAGGUGGCACACUUUUAUACACCUUUCAACUAUGAUAGCCUGGAAAGUGCUCAUGCAGCAAUGAAUGGUCUUCUUCCUCCUGAUGUCCGAGUUAGAGAAUUUAGCGCCGCGUUGCCUGAAUUUCAUGCUCGGUUUUCAGUAAGGAGCAAGAUUUAUACCUACAAGAUAUAUAAUGAUGCAACGAUGGACCCAUUUCAGCGGCAUUAUGCUUAUCAUAGUACUUAUAAGCUUAACACAGCUGCCAUAAAGAAAGCUGCACAGUUUUUUGUUGGGGAGCACAACUUCUCCGCUUUUGUGAAUACAUCACGCACUAGUUAUUCACCAAAUCCUGUGAAGAAUAUUCUCCGCUUUGAUGUAAUUGAAAUGGGACCUCUUUUGCAGCUUGAAGUUGAAGGCUCUGGUUUCCUUUACAGACAAGUUCGGAACAUGGUUGCUCUGUUGCUUCAGAUAGGACGGGAAGGAAUUCCACCUGAUAUUGUUCCCAAGAUUUUGGCUUCUUGUGAUCGCAGAGAGCUUGCAAAGUAUGCCCUGGCUGCUCCACCUCAAGGUCUCUGCCUUGUAAACAUUAAAUACAAUGAAAAACAUUUACAGCUUCCAGCAGGCUGUCCGCCUUCUAGUUUUGGUAGACAUCAUACUAUAAGAAAAUGUAAGUUGCCAUGCUUUUGAAAAAUCAGUCUGCAGCUGAACACAAAGUAGGUAAAAUUCACCGGAAUCAUCGUGUACUUAGCUGUGCUAAUUAAGGUAGAUAUCAUGAAUUUGGAUAUAUGGAGCCGUGCAGCGCUUUUGACUCUUAUGAGUUGAUUGUGUUUGAUCUUCUAAGAAACAUUUAUUUUGGUUAGCAUUGGGAUAGAACUCGGCAAUGACAAGAUUUUGAGAAAAGAAAGGCGUUGUGGAUUGUUUCUGGAAAGUAUAAAAUUACGGAGCAAUUAUAUUCUUGCAUUUUAAA